AUAGUUUAUGCAGCUAGCAAUGGCCAAAAUCAUUUUGACUUAUUCGUAUUGUUUCAGUAAUACAGAACGACGUACAAUCCAAGACUCUUUGGAUUUUUGGUCAAGUAACAGGGACAUUGUUUUACAGAAAUGUAGAAAAAAGCGUCAAGGUCGUAAGAGAAUAUGCACGGGGCAUAGAGUGUGGCAACCAAGGCGUUUUCAGAACGGAGACAUUCUCCCAGAGGUGCUAAUUGUCAAUGUUGAAGCAUGUGUAUUCAAGACAAAGAUUGGAGAAGUCGUUACCGUUGGACCUAGUAGCAGAUAUACCGUGUUUGCCAUAACAUACGGGAACGGAAACCAUUUCAUAUGUGAAUUUUUCCAUGAUGGUUCCGGUAAGCUAUAUGACGGGCUGAAAAAUAAAGUCCAGCCACAAAAGAAAGAAAUGCACGGAUAUACUCAAGUUCAUGCACUACUGCUUCAUGUCAGGAAAAGUACUUAAAGCAAUACUUUAAAUAAGUGAAAAUGUGUUAUUUGUAUCAUAUAUCACAUAGAACUACAAACGUGUGGAAGCUACAGUAAAGAAACAUUUCAUAAUUACCAUCGGCUUUUACAGAUGAAAACCUAAAAAUUCUACUGUUAAUUGCGUAAGACUAUGUGAACAACUUCAUUUUUCAUCUUGUGAUUUUUUUCUAUAAAAUGAUUUGAGCUUUGCUCGUAUCAUGUUGUUAAUGUAAGUAAAACACAUUAUCUAGUUACAAAUGCUUGAAUGUCUGUAUGGUAAUAUAGACUUUUGAGAGAAGCUUUUAUUUCUUUUCACAUUUUCAAAUAACUGUCAUUAAAGGAUAACACUUUUUUUCUGAUUAAAUAUUAAUGUAAUGGUUAUAAAGUAGCUUACCAUAGUAAGUUGUGUCUCUGAAACAUCAAAUUGAUGUUUUGUUUUAAUGACAGACAAACAUACAAGAGUUUGCUAGACAGACUUUUGCCUAAACAUCCAGAUGGGUUUAUAGGUUUCAUGAUUAUUGAUUGCCCGGAGCAAAUCUCCUUAACUAUGAAAGCAUUUAG